AGAUAGAAAAAUCCCAGACUAAAAAAAAAAAGGGGAAUGGGAGAGAAGAGAGCGCUUUGAUGAACUAAAAUUUACCGUUUUCUCUGGAAAACUGCAAACAAUCUCCGACCAAAAAUUGAAUUGAGAGAUUUCGAUUUUGAAUUGUGUUAUGAUGAUGAACUUGAGCGACAGAUUAAAGCGAGGGAGGAGACUGUAGUAGUAACCCGUGAAACGAGGAUUUAGGGUUUUCUUUUUUUCUUUCUCCCUCUGCGAUGAUAAAAAAAAAAACCUGGGCUUCGUCAAUUUCUCUUCAUCUUGACCUAAUCGAACUCGCGUUGCUUCUGAUUUCAACCGUUGGUUUCUCCCGGUUCGAUUUUUUUUCUUUCUUUCUUCUUGUUCUGGUGGUGUGGCUUCGGAAAGCUGUAGUAAACUCAUCUCUACCUCUUCAGUGAAGAGAAUGGAAGAAUCAAUAGGAUCUGAAGGCUUAGAGUUUAAGUGGGGUAAAAAGAAGAGUGUUGGCGGGAGAAAUAAAGAUGUCAAGUUCUAUGAAUCAUUCACUUAUGACGGGGAUGAAUACCAUCUUUAUGACUGUGUUUUAGUUGGUAACUCCAGUGAACCAGACUCUACUGAACCUUUCGUUGGCAAGAUCAUAAAGAUUUGGGAACACGCUAAUAAGCAUAUCCCAAGGAAAGUCAAACUUCUCUGGUUCUUUAAACCUUCUGAGAUUUUGCCGUAUCUUGAAGGAGUCCCAGAAGUUCUUGCAAAUGAACUGUUUUUGGCAUCGGGUGAAGGUCGCGGCCUUGCUAAUAUCAACGAAUUGGAAGCAAUCGGUGGAAAAUGCUCUGUUCUAUGCAUCUCAAAGGACAAAAGGAAUCCACAACCCUCGGAUGAAGAAAUUAACUCAUCGGACUUCGUGUUUCGCCGAGCAUUUGAUGUUGGAAGCUGCAAAAUUGUGGAUACGAUAGAUGAUAAAAUUGCUGGAGUUGACGUUAAAUUUCUCUUUAACAGAGCGUGUUGUGAGAAAGAAACAACUGCUGUGCGGAAAAUUAAAGCAGAUGGGAAUACAGAUAGUUUGAAGCCAAAUGGUCCUUUAGCUAGUGAUUCGGUUAGGAAAAUUGAAGACAACUCAUUUGAGUCGCCUGACUGUAAAGAAAGCAGUAAAGGUGGCAAAGAAGAAAAAGAAAAAGGUCACUAUCAACUGGCUACACCAAGAUCUACACUUGCAGAAGAAAGGUCUAACAAGGAUUCUGGCUUUAGGGGAAACCAUUGUGAUGGUAAAGCUCAAGAAAGUGAAGUUAAAAAACAGUUAAGUCGACAAAAAUCUAUGCCUGCAGAAGAAAGAUAUCGUAACUCUUGUGAAGCUUCUAGUUCUAGGAUAAUUCAUUCCACUUCCAAGAAAGCUCAAGUAAAUGAUGUUAAAAGACAGUUGACUAAACAAAAAUCUUUGCCCACUGAAGAAAGAUAUAGUGAAGAGCCGAAUGGAUUGGAUGACAGGCCUCUGAAGAAACAGAAACUAGAUAGUUCUGUUACAGUUCCUGAUAGGCGGAAUACAACCAUUUUGCAGCACAUUACUUCUGAUGGUAAAAAGGAUACAUCAUCUUUUAAGAGACCUAGAGACAAAGCGACUAUGGAGGAAGUCCCUCCCGAGAAGCCCAGCUUUGUUAAGAAGCGAGAUCUAGAAGUGUCAGUAUCUGAAGGAAAAAAUACAAAAAUUGUAACUGAAAAAGUUUUAUCCAAGAAGUCCAGCUUUGGACGUGCUGAGGAUAAGUUGUUGGCGGUUGAUAAUGAAAGAAAUUAUCAAGUAACUGAAGUGAGCCGAAGGCCGGAUGCUGAAAAAAUUAAAUGGUUCCGGAAUCUCCCUUGGGAGGAAAGUAUGAGGGAAGCAGAAAAAAAAGGGACUGUGGUACUUCUUCAAAACUUGGAUCCUACUUUUACAUCUGAUGAAGUGGAGGAUAUAGUCUAUUCUGCUUUGAACGAGCAAUGCGAAGCGAGGAUGAUAGAGCGUACAUCAGUCACUAUUCCUCAUAUUGGUGGAGCUUUGGUCCUUUUCAAGACUAGAGAAGUAGCAGAAAGGGUGAUUAGAAGACUAGAUGAGGGAUGCUUGUUGCUAUCAAAUGGGAGGCCCCUUGUUGCUUCUUUUGCUAAGAUUACUCCACCAGGGAAGCCGCCAUCAUUCUCCGGCCAUAUUAAGCUAUACAAAACUCAAACGCGACGAGAGAUGAGAGAUGCCGUGGCUACAUCACAUUGUUCUCAGCCAAACAACCUUGAAUUUGACAUGGCCAUGGAAUGGUGCUUGCACCAAGCUAGACAUGAGCACGCGUCUGAAAGCGUAUCUAAGCGGCAAUUGGAGGAGAUUAAGGCGCUGCGGAUUAAUUUCAAGCCUAAACUUCCUUAGUUUCAGAAUCAUCUUGUCGUUCUCUCGUACAGAAACAUCAUCAAAUGUAGAUUAGAAGGAAGAACACAAGCUCUCUUUUGGCCUUAAAAGACGGUGACUAAAGAAUUUUGCUAUUGUACUAACAAAUUUCAUGGCAUUGAAUCCACCAAUCUUGACUCGGUUUAGGAAGAAGAACAUAUACUGAUGCGGCUUCUAGUCUCAAUGGGACGACCCUUUUGUAGUUAAAUAUUUUUUCAAGGGUCAUUUUCUUUGAUCUACUAAACUUUUGUGUUGGUCAGGUAAGGUUGAAGAGAGUUAAUGUGACUUGUAAAAAUGCGUUUUCUUCGUGACUGGUAGGGGUUUGGUUUUAAAACAAGUUCUUUAUGACAAGGCAUCCUUUUAUAGCCUAGUUGUUUGGCUUUCACCACUUAUGUCACUCUCCUCUUGUCAUCUGGAAAAAAGAGUUUU